GUUUUUUAGUAACAAAAAUGUCACGUCAAGCUUUUCUUUCCCAAAAAAUUCUCGCGUCAGCCUCAUAAAAUAUUUUGUACCGUGAGACAAAAAUUGAGGAUGCCUUUCACUUCUUUCUUCCCCAUUCAGGGUUAGGGCAGCACUCUGACAAAUAAGACGAAUGGAGCUUCCUCAAGUACUGGUUCUAGGCCCCCCUUCGAUAUUCCCAUAUCUGGAAUCCCAAUUCCCAAACAGAUUUUUUUUCCUAAAACCAUGGCUUUACAACCUCCCACUAACCCAAUUCCUCACCUCUUAUGCCCAAUCCACCCAAGCCUUGCUUAUCCGAGGCGGUGGCAGUACCCAACUCACCUCCGCCAUUAUUGACUGCCUCCCUUCGCUCAAGCUCGUCGUCACUUCCAGCGUCGGUGUCGAUCACUUGGACUUGCCGGAAUUACGCCGGCGAGGGGUGGCUAUUGCCAAUGCAGGAAACUUGUUCUCAGAAGAUGCCGCCGAUAUGGCGGUUGGCUUACUAAUCGACGUUCUUAGGAAAGUAUCUGCGGGAGAUCGAUUCGUGAGGCAAGGGCUUUGGUCUAAGAAAGGAGAUUUUCCUCCUGGAUUAAAGCUGAGCGGCAAGCGAAUUGGCAUCGUUGGAUUGGGGAAAAUAGGCUCUGAAGUUGCGAAGAGGCUGGAGGGAUUUGGCUGCAAAGUCUCAUAUAACUCUAGGACCAAAAAGUCAAUGGCACCAUAUUCCUACUAUUCCAAUGUAUAUGAACUUGCAGCCAACACAGAAGCACUCAUAAUUUGUUGUGCGUUGACUAAAGAAACCUACCGUCUAAUUAACAAGGAGGUGAUGCAGGCAUUAGGAAAAGAUGGAGUGAUAGUGAACGUUGGUCGUGGUUUGAUCAUCGAUGAGAAAGAGAUGAUACGAUGUUUGAUUCAGGGGGAGAUUGGUGGAGCUGGACUAGAUGUGUUUGAGAAUGAACCUAAUGUUCCUGAAGAGCUUUUUAAUCUUGAUAAUGUUGUAUUGUCACCACAUAAUGCUGUUAUGACAUAUGAAUCUAAAGUGGAAUUGUCUAAGCUGGUGGUGAACAACUUGGAGGCAUUCUUCUCAAACACACCUCUUGUGUCUCCUGUUGUAGAUUAGUUGUGGUGGCAUUGAGUUGCUGCUGAGGGAGGCUGGUUUGUUGAGAAAAGAGGACUCCAAAAACUUGACAACAGAGCCACCCUAAUGUAUUAGUUUAUUCGACCCUUUGUUAUUGUGCUAAUCAAUACAAGGUUCCAAAUCUUUUUUGGGUCAAGAA